GACUUAGUAAGCAAACGGUGUUUAAAUUCAAAAUAAGGAAACUGCAGAUAUUAACCCUCUGUCGUGAAGUAAUGAGAAAGACAACGAAAUAUCUCACGUGAGGAACAUGGACGACGAACAACGGCAACAACUUGGGGGGAACCCGGACUGGAUGUCCUGUCUGCCUGAGGAGCUGCUGGACGUCCCGCUGUGGAACCUGGCUAUACCAGGGAGCCAUGAUAGCAUGUCUUUCUGUCUGGAUGUGUCCUCUCCUGUGCUGAGAUCACAGCCCUGCCUCCUCAGAGUCAUUGACAGGCUGUUUCCCUGCUGGACUCGCCCUUGUAUUUCCCGCUGGGCCACCACACAGCAAUCAGUCCUCAGUGAUCAGUGUGAUCUCGGUAUUCGGUUCUUGGACCUGCGGGUUGCCAGGAAGCCGGCUGGAGGCAGCAAAUUGUUCUUCGCCCAUGGCAUCUACACUCUGAUGACUGUCAAGGAGGCUCUGGAUGAACUGGCUAUCUGGCUAGAUGCUCAUCCUAAAGAGAUUGUAAUCAUUUCCUGCUCGCAUUUUGAAUUGCUGACUGACAGAGAUCAUGCCUGGCUUGUGGAGUACAUCAUCACGCUGUUCAGAAAAAAACUCUGCUCCUCACAGGACACUCCCACUCUGCGUUCCUGUUGGUCCAGAAGUCAGCAGGUCAUUGUUUCCUAUGGAAACCAGCAGGUGGUGCUGCAGCACCCUGAGCUGUGGACUGGAGUACCUUACAGCUAUGCUGACAGCCCAGACCCAGAGAAGGUGAUCGCUUACCUGGAGGAGCAGAAGAGCAGAGGAAGACCAGCUGGUUUUUACGUCAGCGGGCUGAACCUGACGGAGGACACUCCUUACGUCCUCCUCCAUCCCCUCCAGACCAUGAGGAAGAUGACGCUGAAGGCUCUCUCGCUGCUGCUCAGCUGGACGAGUGAGCAGCGGCCAGGGCCUGAGGGUGGGGUCAACAUCGUCUGCUGUGAUUUUGUGGGCAUCAGUCAGUUCUGCUCGCUUGUGAUUGGCCUGAACUACAAACUGCUGGGCGGACCCAGGACACUCGCUACCCGUACUGUCUGCAGGACACUGGGAGAUACCAUUGACUGUUACCAUAGCAACCGCUAGGGCUGUGACUGAUAUACCUACUUA